CCCCUUCUUUGAGCACAAUGGUCCACUCCACCCAGAGGCCACGCCCACUGUUUUCGCCCCACUGCGAGUGGAGGAUGGAUCUGUUAUUGUUUAUGUGUCUGAGAGUUUGGGAGAGUUGGGGGAGUGUGCGGAGCCCAAAAAUAGCCCAAAUAUCGAUAAUAAUCUCCAAACAAUUCGCUAAACAUCUCCUCCAAACACUCACUCGAUCCGUUCAGAGGCGCUACGUUAUGAAAAGUUGGCCCUGCGCCAUUAAACAUGUGUUUAAAGAGGGAAUGAACUCAUGGAGCUCCGCAACGGGAUCCACAGGGAAGUGAGGACCGUGCAGCAGCAGCAGCAGCAGCAGCAGCGGCGGGGCUGCAAGCGAGCGCGGCCGGCCGAGAAUCCGCCCAAAGCCGGCGUGUGCAAAGUGCUGAGGCCGCUGCUUCUGGAGGACAAUGAUGGAGAGGCUGUGCGAGCGGAGGACGGCGGCGGCUGUUUCUCCUUUUUUAAGAGCGCGAAACCUGGACACUUUGGGGUUCCUCCAGCGGCGCCCAGGUACAGCCUGCUGCGGGAGGUGGGUCGGGGGAGCUACGGCGUGGUGUACGAGGCCGUAGCCCGCAGGUCUGGAGCUCGAGUGGCGGUUAAAAAACUGCGCUGCGACGCUCCGGAGAAAGUGGAGCUCGCCCUGGCCGAGUUCUGGGCCCUGGCCAGCCUGGAGAAGAAGCACGAGAACGUGGUGCAGCUGGAGGAGUGUGUGCUGGAGAGGAACGGCAUGGCACAGAAAAUGAGCCACGGAAACAAACGGUCCAAGCAGUAUUUACGUUUAGUGGAGACUUCGCUGAAAGGUGAGCGCAUUCUGGGUUAUCCAGAGGAGCCAUGUUACCUCUGGUUCGUCAUGGAGUUCUGUGAAGGUGGUGACCUGAACCAGUACAUCCUGUCUCGACGGCCUGACCCAAAAACCAAUCGGAGCUUCAUGAAGCAGCUCACCAGUGCUGUGGCCUUCCUCCAUAAGAACAACAUUGUCCACCGUGACCUCAAACCAGACAACAUCCUCAUCUCGCAGAAAUCUGGCUCGCCCGUCAUCAAAGUGGCUGACUUUGGCCUUAGCAAGGUAUGUGCUGGCCUGGGCUGUGAGGCGCAAGUGGGUGAAGACCAGGUCAACAAAAACGUCAAUGUAAACAAGUUCUGGUUGUCGUCGGCCUGUGGCUCAGACUUCUAUAUGGCUCCUGAAGUGUGGGAGGGACACUACACGGCCAAAGCUGACAUUUUUGCACUUGGUAUCAUUAUCUGGGCCAUGAUAGAGAGGAUCACAUUUAUUGAUGCCGAAUCGAAACGUGAGCUUCUUGGCACGUACGUCAGGCAAGGCAGCGAGAUCGUCCCCGUCGGGGAAGCACUGCUAGAGAACCCCAAGAUGGUGCUCAGCAUCCCACAGAAGCCACGGAGCCCCAUGUCGGAUGAGAUUAGAAAGCUCCUGCAGGACAUGCUGGCUGUAAACCCGCAGGACCGACCGGAUGCCUUCCAGCUUGAGUUCAGAAUGGACCAAGUCACGUGUGCUGCGUGAAACCAGCCAAAUGAUCUCUCAGAUGAAAUUCCGGUUUGGGAACCAGCUCGAGCUUCCGGUCACUCAGCAGAACGGAGAGCAGAAAGAGACUGUAAGAAUCACGGAACUGUGAAGCCUGCUUUGUGAUUGCUUCUGUUGGACUUAAAAGCCAAGAAAAAACUUAGACUCAAGUCUAUUCAGGUCGGAUCUCGUGGAAAAAUGCUAUGCAGUCGACUUUUGUAACAGUUUCUCUUUUCUACUCGUCAUUUGGAAUCGUCACCCUCGGUCACUCAGAACUUCAGGUCCUGCAGACAUGAAUUUUCUAGUCUCUGUUUUAGACAUUUAGUAAGCUGACCCUCUCUUUGUAUUUUUUCUUUUUUUGUAUUCAAGUCUUAUCUACACUGUUGUAAUAGAUUAAAACACAGAUUUUAAUUUUGUUUUAUAGAAAUAUUGCGUUGUUGUAGAUUUACAAUGUUUUUCUUUUUCUUUUUUUUUUUGGGGACCAGAGAGAGUAAGAGACAUGUUGCACUUUUGUACCCCAACAUAUCACCUCUUCACUUCUCCCAGUCUUUAUCCAAAAAACCUGUCAUCCAGCCAGUAUACCUGUAACCUAGGGCUGAGCAAUAUGUGGUAAAAAUAUUAUAUUACAAUAUUUAAAAACAUUUUCAUGAUACAACAGUACACACUAUUUAUCACAGACAAAAUGCAUCAGCAGUGUCAGAUUCUUAAAAACUGCUAUUCAAAUAUUCUUUAAUAUAAAACACAAAAAAUUCUUUUUUUGCUGCCUAUCAUCCAUUCUUAAUAGAUAAAAAAGCAAAUUGGCAAUAUGAUGAGGAAAUUGCCACAAUAUAAUAAAAUAUCAUCAUAUUGCACAGCCCUAAUGUAACCUCUAAGUUUUUAAUAAGUACCAAAUUCUGGAACGCCAUAAACUACUCCAGAAAUGGUAGAAGAGGGAGCAAUGGAUCAAUAGUCAUUAUAUUAAUAGUUAAACUGUGAAUGAAUAUGAAUAAUGUGAACGAGUUGGGUACACUUAGGCCCGGUCUCUCUCUCCUCAGAGUCCCAUUUCAGAAACUUAUUCCUGUGCCUUAUUUUUUCUCUUUUAAAGGAAUGAGAGACAAAUAUUUCAAUUUCUAUAAUAUUUAGUUUUUUUCUAACCAUAUUAGUUAUCUAUUCAGUUCUGCUUACGCACAAAAAGGGGAUUACUUAAAAAUGUACUUAAAAAUACAUACUUACAUAUUUAAGUAUUUUUUUUUAAAACAGACACAAAAGGAAAGAUGCUGAUAUAGGAUUUAGUUGUUGCCAUAUUUAGGCAAAACUUAUAUUACAAAGCUUACAAAACUGAGGACCUGCCGUUUGGCUACCUUGUUAUACUUUCUGUUGGACCUGCAUUAACUGACAUAAAGGGCAAAAAAGCAGGCAUUCUAGCAUGCAGUCUUGUGCAAAAGUUUGGACACUUAUGAUCGAAUGAUAUUGAGAAAAAAAUAUUACGUAGAAAAAUGUUAACUUUUUUCCAAUUAGACAGCAUUAUUCUUUUUAUCUGUUAAAUUUAACAUAUUGCAACAAAAUAAAACAUGAAAAUAUAUAUACUAUUAUUUGAAUAUGUUGAUGUGCAUGUUUUGUAUACGAUUUUUUUAAUUUGUCCAAGUCUUUUGCAUAAGACUGUUUCUAUAAGUAUAACAUUUCUAUAUAUGUUCACCCUGUGAGAAGCAAGGUGCAAGAUAUACAAAGGGAUCUUUAAGAACAGACAAGGUUUAUUUAACAGUUAAUUUUUUAUCUGUUACUUUCACAAGUCAAUCCUUGACAUUAUGUCAUUCUCUUUCGUUUCGUAAAACACGCACAAUUAAAAAAUGUUUUAAAUAUCUUUGCAAGUGAAACUGAAACAGGACAGUGUAAGGGAUGUGACAGCUGAAAGCUGUGAGGGAAUUUUAGGGAAUUGUAGAAUUUUGAUAUUCUGAAAGAAUGUUAAAUGGGACAGUUUGUAUUAAUGGGAAAUGCAGCCCCAUUAUUACAAUUUAUGUUCUAUUCUCAAAACUCCAACAAUAUGAAACACUACCACUCUGAAUGUGCCAGAUCAUUAAUAUAUUGUAUAUUACUAUACAUUGUAGAUUUUGUCGUUAUUGUUUUAAUCCAAAGCUUUUUCACAGAAAAAGUUGUGGAUUUUGGUCGUUUAUUAAGAUUACAUUUAAGUUUUUCUUUUCUAAAAUAUAUUAGGAAAUUGUUGCUUUUCAGUUUUAUAAACCAUAUUGAGAUUGUUUGAGAUUUUUGUUUUAUCUCACAGUAUCAUUUUGUGAACUUUUGUCUUUUAGUGUUGUCUGGUUUACUUAUCCGAUGAUUCUACCUCAUUUUUCCACAAUAUUGUAUAUGUACGAUACCUGUUCUUUCAUGCAUUCUUUCUUCCGUAAUGUGUUGUCCAUAUUAAAUAAUCUCAGUGCAACUGUGCAUUUUAACUUUAUCUCACAAAGUCUUCAGGUUUAGUUUAUCUAGAGGUUUGGAACUGCAAUAAAGUCGGUUGCUUGGCUGUAACUUUGCAAUUACCAAAAAAAAAAAAAAAAAAACACCUUGCACUCAUCAAGCUAGCUUUCAUCCUUUUGAUACACACACACAAAGUUUACACUUUGGCCACUGCUGCCCACCUCCUGGCCUGCUACUGCCACUUCCACUAGCACUGUGCUUCUCAGAGAGCCACAGAUAAACACAAUCCCUUAUGCCUUCCACCACCAUGCACCUGCUAAUGCAUCACUAGCUGGAGCCCAAAACACACCCUCACCCAUCACAAAAGCCAUCAGAUAUCAUCUCAAUCCAGGACCAAACUUCCUACUGUUACUGUAUAGAUAGUUUGCCGGUCAAACACAUAGAUUAUAUAUUUUCCCUAAGCUUUAUAUGAACCGUAGCUAAAACAGUGAGGAAAUAUGCAACACAGAAAUGAAACUCAAUAUGUCGGCUCAUGUUAACUGCCAGGAACAGGGAACUUGGCUUGUGUCUCUUCUACUCUGUGAAACAGUUACCCUGUGAAUCUCUAUCUGGACCUCUAGACCUUUACAUAGGAACCAGAAUUGUCUUGCCUAGCUUUGUCUGGCACACGUACAUUUUAAAAAAGACGAUGUUUGUCAUGUCAGUACAGUAUGCUGUUUUUGGUAAUGAAGCUAUGACCCACUCGUAGCAUCUGUUUUUCUGUAAAUGAUCUUGUUCUUUUUUUAUAAAUUAAUAAAUAAAUAAUUGUUGUGCUUGA